GCUGACGAGGCCCUUUUCCCUGCCUUGGGCAGAAGGAACUUGGACGCACUUGGUGGGCUGCACGUAGCCGUGAUGGUCGCCGGGGAGAUACUGGUGCUCACUCCGCUUUACGGAAACGGCCGAAAGGAAGCGAGAGGGCUCGCGGUUCCAUGGCGCGUGGAGGAGUAUCGACUAUCGAGUUCACGGGAGUACCGAGGGGGACGUUGGCGUCUUGCUGGCAGUGGCACCAGUGGCAGGGGUGCAGACAAGAUUCCAGCUUCACUUUGCAUUGCAGCAAGUUCCACAGUGAACCGGAGUACCGAACUUGGUUCAGGUGUCGGGGCAUUUUUUGUUGGAUUAUUUUGUGCUGUGGGCUGGUGUGCAUCCAAGCCAGGUAGGCCUUGCAGCCCAGUAAACCUAGCCCAACAAUCUCUUUGUAGUGGCGUCGGCCUCGGUUCGCGCCUCUCCAAAUCGCCGCCGGUGGAGACGCGGAGUCGCCGCCGGCGCCGCUCCAUACCCAAACCCUUGGCGCUUCGGAACCGGGCUCCCUGAAUUCUGCCGCGGUUGCCGAAGAGUCUGUGCAGUUACUAUGAAUUACUACUAUCCACUUUGAGUCCCCUAUAUAAGCAAGCCACACCCACACGGGUUGCGCGCCACGCCAUUGCUCCCCAUCUGAGCUCGCAGGCUCGCAGCUCACAAGAUCGAUCAACGAGGGCACGCGUCGCGCACGGGGGAUCGACCAGCCCGCAGGCCGGCAUGUCGCGGUGGAUGAUGGUGCAGCUGGAGGAGUUGGCCAGGCUGCAGGUGAAGGCCGAGCUCGUCACGCUCAAGGUGGUGGACCAGGAAGGCCGCGUUGUCGAGCACAGGAUGAGGGCGACGGACCGUCUCCAGGCUGUGAUGGACAGGUACUACGCCGAGGCGCCUGAGGUCGGCUACGGCACCGGCACCUUCCUGGUAGAUGGCUGCAUCCGCCUGCGCGGCGGCAAGACGCCGGCGGACCUCAAGCUGGAGGACGACGCCCAGAUCGACUUCUUCCCGUACGCCGACGGUGGCAGCCGGCGGGAGUCCUACGAUGCCUGAUCGACGCACGUUCCAUAUGCUACUACUGGUAUCCGUAAUGUCUUUUGUGCAGUCGAUGAUACUAUAUGAACUCACAACUCAGAAUUCGAUUAAUGGAAGCGAUUGAGCAAAAAAAAAAAAGAAAGGCAUCUUACCUUUUCGUUUGAUCAAUUGGCUCUUUAAUCGCGCCACUACAGCGGUUUAGACUGAAGAGACGCUUUUAAGCAACGGAAAUUUUUGAAACAAUUUUCUCGUAUUGGAACAAUAAUUCUUAACUAAAAUUCAUUCUCUAAAUGUGUGUUUGUGACCACAAAAUACGAGUUUGGAUUAGAUUUAG